CUGUGCAGUUCCCAUGUUCCCGUUCUUGUCCCGUGUUGCAACAUGGCCCUGCGGAGGGUGCUGGCGCUAGCGGCAGCCCUGGGGCGCCGCAGCUGCUGCUCCAAGCCCUCGCUGCCCCCUGACUUCGUGGAGGCCCUGAAGUCCGUGGUCGGGGCCCCCAAUGUCUCCACGGCCCCAGCAGUGCGGGAGCAGCACGGCCAUGAUGAGUCCAUGCACCCCUGUGCCCCCCCGGACGUUGUGGUGUGGCCCCAGGCGGUGGGGCAGGUGCAGGAGCUGGCAGCCCUCUGCCACCGCUGCCGUGUGCCCAUGGUGCCCUUCGGCACCGGUACCGGCCUGGAAGGAGGCGUCAAUGCCGUGCAGGGUGGUGUCUGCUUUGACCUGAGCCGCAUGGAUGCCAUCGCAGAGCUGAGCCUCGAGGACUUCUCAGUGACUGUGGAGCCCGGUGUCACCCACAAGGCCCUCAAUAAGCACCUGCGUGGCACUGGGCUCUGGUUCCCUGUCGGUACCGUGGGUGUGAGGGAAGUCAUGGGGCUGGGGGUGACAGCAGUGUGGGGGCUGGUGAUGAGGACACACUUGAGGAUUGUGGCGUGUCCAUAGGUGUGCUGAUUGCAGGGCAGUAGCAGAGAGGGUGCCAUAGUUCCUGAGGUUUAGGAGGGGAUGGAUAGCCAGGACCAGGAAUGCUUGGGGCCAUGGACUACCAUCUUCUCUGCCUCAUCACACCCAUAGGUCCAAUGUUGUCCAUUACCCCUGGCAAGGUGCUGAGAGGGACACUCAUCUGAUAUUGGUUCUAGGGCCAUAUGGCCCCAGUUCCCUGCACUGCCACCCCUCAUUUCCCACCAAUCCUCUUAGGCCCCUCCCUUGUGUCCCAGUAACUCUCUGUGCACCAGCGGU